GCGGCCAGCGUGGCGGACGUGCUGUGGCGACGCGUAGCGCGGCAGCGAUAGUGAGGGAAGGGGUACCGCGACCAUACCGAGUGAGUGAGUGAGUGAUUGAGUGACCACCGUGCGAGUGACUGUGAGUGCCACGCCAGAGGAGCUUGGAGAUAGCCGUGACCAACCGCGGAAGUGACACUGAGAAGAGUGACUGCAAGCGACGAGUGAAGCACUGACCCCAGAGGAUCCUAAGCAGUCAUGCUGCCAUCAUCCGCUGACUUCCCAAGAAAUUGAAAGGAGGGGGCCGCUCUCCGCCGAGACCAUGCCGCACACAGGCCAGGCCGGGGUGAACCAGCUCGGGGGCGUGUUCGUCAACGGGCGGCCGCUGCCGGACUGCGUGCGCAGGCGCAUCGUGGAGCUGGCGCUCAUGGGCGUGCGGCCGUGCGACAUCUCGCGCCAGCUGCUCGUCUCGCACGGCUGCGUGUCCAAGAUACUCACGCGCUUCUACGAGACGGGCUCCAUCCGGCCAGGCUCCAUCGGCGGCAGCAAGACCAAGACUGUGAUCACUCCGGGCAGGCGGAAAGGGGACUGGAAAUGGCAGGUGGCGACCCCCAGCGUGGUGAAGAAGAUCCUCCGCUACAAGCAGGAGAACCCCGGCAUGUUCGCGUGGGAGAUCCGGGACCAGCUGGUGACGCAGCGGGUCUGCGAGCCGCACUCGAUCCCCUCCGUGUCCUCCGUGAACCGCAUCCUGAGGAACAGCGGCGCGUGGAGCGACGCCGACCUCAUGCGCCAGCAGCAGCAGCACCACCAGCAGCAGCAGCAGGUCCUGCACCACCACCACCAGCAACAGCAGCAGCAGCAGCAGCAACAGCAACACCAGCAGCAGCAACAACACUCUAGUCCUCCAGGCACGCGCGACAGCCCGGCCCCAGCGCCGCCAGGCCCCGGGCGCGACGUGCUCGCGGCGCUGCAGCAGCAGGCGGCCUGGUCGGGGCUGCUGCUGUGCGCGCCGCCCCCGCACCACCCCUACAACGCCCUCUUCCCGCUGCACCAGCAGCUGCUCCAGCAGCAGCUGCAACAGCAGCAGCAGCAGCACGCCCAGCUGCAGCAGCUGCAGAGCCAGCACGGCCAGGGCCGUGACGAGAACUCUGCGGACAGGCCCGACAACCUGGUGCUCAACGUCAACCUUUUCAGAAUUUAA